AUGGCGGGUCUUUCACUAGACCUCUCUCUCAGCCUCCUCUCUUCUGCACCGUCCUCCUCUCCGGUCGAGGCCGUCACAAACCUUCGCGAUUCCCUCUCCAGCCCGCGUAAGGCGAAGCGCCACUGCCCGUCGGAUCUUCGUCAAGCGGAUCAACGUCCCCAAUCGCAACCGUCGCUUUCCAUGAGGCACGUGCCGUCGCCGGGCCUGUCGCUAGCAAGCAGCCUUGACGCAGAUGCCGUCGCCGAGCCCGUCGCAGAAUCCGUCGCCGUGACGUCGCAGAGGGAUAACGUGAAUUCUUCCUUCCACCUUCUUGACUCGUCUCCGUCGUCGUCUCCCCCGUCUACUGGCUCCUUCUCCCCCUCAUCCCGCGGUCCCUCCUCCUUCACUGCUCUUGCCUCCCUCGCUCACACUCCGCCGACCCACUGCCUGCCGGCGCUCACUCCCGCUCCUCCUUCCACUCCGCCGCCGCCGUCGCACCAGCACCGUGGCUGGUUCGGCUCCGCCAAUCCCCCUGCAAGCUGCCCUCCCGCGAUCUGUCCCGCCCCAAGCUACCCUUCCGCAAGCUGUCCUCCCGCCGCGGAAGCCGUCAGCGUGACUCGGCUAACGAUGCCACCCUCCGCGUCUUCCGCCGCUCUCACCGCCCCGCAUCUGGCCACGUCACACUCUCAGCAGUCUGCAGCUCCUGCGGCGCCAUCUGCGGCAGUGAAUCACAGCGGGGAAGCGGGAGGCGCUGCAGAUCCCGUCGCGGCUCCAGCGCACCCGAUUGUCGCGGGAGCAGCGCCGAUGGCUCCGACGGCGGCGCCGGCGCCGCCGGCCGCUGCGCCGGGUCCGAAGAAAAGGAAGAGCAUGAAGGACCGGAGGUUCCGCGGAAUUCGCGAGCGCCUGUGGGGUCGCUGGGCCGCGGAGAUUCGGGAUCCCCGAACGAAGAAGCGGAUCUGGCUCGGUAGCUUCGACACUGCCGAGGCUGCAGCCCGAGCCUACGACGCAGCCAACCUCCGGCUCCGAGGAGCCAACGCCCGAACUAAUUUUCCCCAGCCCGAGCAGCUGGCUGCCUCGGAUAACAACCCUGCCGAACCGGCUCAGAACGAGGCUCUGCCGAACGUGAACUCCAGGCUUGAGGAGCAAAGUCCAACGGCCGUGUCAAGCUCGGAUGGUGACGGCGAGAACGUCGCGGGCGGGGAAUCGUCCGCGUUGCAAGAGGAGGCGGAUGUGGUUGCAGCUGCGGAUAGCCUGUCUCUUCUCGCCGCCGCGGCGCUUGCGGAAGAGCCUGAACCUGCGGCUGCGCCUUCCCCUGCGCCUGCGGUUGCGGGCGGUUCGGCAAUCGGUGCGCCGGUUGCCGUGAGGGCUACAGCCGCGGCUGCAGCCUCGGGUCAGGCGGUUGUAGCGCUGGCCGCGACAGCAGCACCUGCGGCAACUCCAGUCCAAGCGCCAGCAGCGGCGCCAGCUGCUGUAUCUCUUUCCCCUGCGGCGACGAUCGCCCCUCGUCCCACCCCCAUUGCCCCAGCUCCCGUUCAGUUUUCUCCGGGGCAGCCCGGGCCGUAUCCGUUUGUGGCUGUUUCGCAGUGGCAGUACAACGCGCAACGCAACCCCCGCCAACAAUACAGCAACAACGUGCAGCAGCAGUACCCCCGCGCGCAGCAAUACCCCCAACCCCACUCCCACUCCGCCCAGACAUCCUACUACCAUCAGGCGCAACCAGUGAAUGCUCGCGCCGCGCCUCACCAGCAGCAGGCUGUAGCGGGAGCGCAGCCAGCUCUAGCCGUCCCAGCCACUUCCCCCUUCCCCACCUUCCCCGGGUCCUGGGGACAUCCCAGCCAUCCCAGCGCAUCCGCGCAGUACCAGCAGAGCCUGGCUCCGCUGUCUGCGUCCGCCUCCGCGCAACACGUGUCUCUCUCCGCGCCUGCGUCCGCCGCGCUGGCUGCUGCGGCAGCCGUGCCUUCGCACCGGUCCCAGGCGGCAUUCCCUGUGUCGCAGCAUCCCCCUCCUCCCAACACUGGUGCUCCACGUACAGUGGUUGCACAGGCGGUAGUCACUCCGCGUACAGUCACUCCGCACACUGUCACGUCGCAUAAAGCGGCACCUCUGAUGGGGCUGCUGCAGCUGCCCAAGUCUCUCACUGGCCCAGUCCCAGCAGGCCAGCUGGCGACGCCAGUGGCAGCAGCAAAGCCUGCUGCGGCACCGGGAGCGGUUAUUGUGAGAGCAAUGCCAGGACCAGCAGCAAAGUCGACAGGAGCAGCAGCAGGAGUGGGAGUUAUGUGCACCUCUCUGGUUCCCCAGGAUCAGUCGCCGUGCACAUCUGUCCCUCCUUCGGCCUCCUUGCCAUCUCACUCCUCCAGCAGCAGUAGCUAUGCUGGAGGCUCGGGUGCGGAUCAGUGCACAGCUGUGUCUGCUGAUGGCACUGUUGCUGUUGUGGAUGCGUCCACUGCUGUGGCUGCUGCUGGAGCUGAUGGUGCUGCGCAGAGCGAGAAGAGUGGAAACAAGAAAGACGGCCGCACCAGGCUUUUCCGUGGUGUUCGCCAGCGUCCUUCUGGUAAAUGGGUGGCCGAAGCCAGGGACCCUCACUCGCGCCGUCGCAUCUGGCUAGGGAGCUUCAAUACCCCAGAGGAAGCUGCCCGGGCAUAUGAUGCCAUUUCAAGGAAGUUCAGGGGAUCUGCUGCCAAGUGCAACUUUCCAGAAGGAGCUGAUGGGUUUGUGGACAACAAUGUUGCCUUGACUGAGCUCAUUGAUCGUACCUAG